AUGCCUCCCAAGUUCGACCCCAAUGAGGUGAAGGUCAUCCACCUCCGUGCCACCGGAGGUGAGGUCGGUGCCUCUUCCGCCCUUGCGCCCAAGAUUGGUCCCCUGGGUCUUUCUCCCAAGAAAGUUGGUGAAGAUAUCGCCAAGGCGACUGGUGACUGGAAGGGCCUCCGUGUCACGGUCAAGCUCACCAUCCAGAACCGUCAAGCCGCCGUCUCCGUCGUUCCCACCGCCUCCUCUCUUGUCAUCCGUGCCCUGAAGGAGCCCCCACGUGACCGCAAGAAGGAGAAGAACAUCAAGCACAGCAAGUCCGUUGCGCUUGAUGAGAUCAUCGACAUUGCCCGCACCAUGCGAUUCAAGUCUUUCUCCAAGACUCUGGCCGGCACUGUCAAGGAGAUCCUGGGUACUGCCUUCUCUGUUGGCUGCCAGGUCGAUGGAAAGAGCCCCAAGGUUAUCCAGGACCAGAUUGAUGCGGGCGAGAUCGACAUCCCCGAGGAGUAA